AUGGACUAUACUUUAUUCCUUAUUUUGUUUCUGUUACAUCCCACAGUACCAACUGUUCCCCCUUUUGAACCCAGUACUGCACGAGACCAGUCAGUCGUUGGACAAGGGCAAAACCAGAAGAUAUGCUUUUACGAAGGUACUCCUUAUCCUCUAGGAUCCUUCAAACCGGCUCCAUGUAAAGACUGUGUUUGUUCCGAGUCUGGUCAUGUGGAAUGUGCAGACGUAGACUGUUUUGACUAUCAGUGUGUGGACAAAGUCCAAGGACCAGAGGACUGCUGUCCUGUAUGUCCUAACGGUCAAAAUUGUAAAGCCCCAGACAACUCUUUAAUUGGGUAUGGAGAGGAGUAUAAUUUGUCUGAAAACAUUGUCUGCAGAUGUGACAAAGAGGAGUGGGGAGAGCUGAAAGCUUCAUGUGAUUCUAAGAAAUAA